AACCCUCAUUCCCUCGCGCAGCCGUCGUCAACACAACUGGAGGAAAUAAGGAGAAGCUAGCAUGGCUAACAAACACUAACGGCUACCGUUAAAACCGCGUUAACUAUUUAUAAUAACUCAACCAAACGCUGUGUUUGUCUUUUAUCGACUUAUUAACGGAGCCAUUGUGUGGCAGUUUCAGUUACCAUGGAAUAAGAGAGGACAAUGUUUAGCUAGGUAGCUUGCUAACUUUAAUGCUAGCAUGCUAACGAUCAGCUGUUGUUUUGGUCGGAGAGCUAGCUAACCGCUUAGCAUUACAGACACCAGAUUUCCUCAUUCCCUGUCGACACUAUUGAGCUACUCAGUCGGUUAAUGGCGACACAUAAAGUUGUCCCACCCUGACAGACUAACCGUUGGUCCGUCGGUCAGCUUUUGUCCCGACAGACAUCCAAUCUGUGUGGGAUCGAUCCAUCCGAGCGGUGUGUAAUUGAAUAUAUAUAUAUUCAAAAUGCAUGACGCAUAUGAACCAGUGCCUAUAUUGGAGAAGCUUCCUCUUCAGAUUGACUGUCUGGCGGCCUGGGAGGACUGGCUGCUCGUGGGAACAAAGCCAGGGCAUCUCCUUCUCUACCGAAUAAAGAAGGAUGCAGGUACCAACCGGUUUGAGGUGACACUGGAAAAAUCCAAUAAGAACUUCUCAAAGAAGAUUCAGCAGCUUUACGUUGUCUCAAAGUACAACAUUCUUGUCAGCCUUCUAGAGAACAACAUCCACGUCCAUGACCUCCUGACCUUCCAGCAGAUCACCGUGCUGUCCAAAGCCAAAGGAGCGACGCUGUUCGCCUGUGACCUGCAGCUAACCAGCACAGGGGAGGAAAGGUUGAGAAUGUGUGUGGCGGUGAAAAAGAAAAUCCAGAUGUAUUACUGGAAGGACAGAGACUUCUACGAGCUGCAGGGGGAUUUUGGUGCACCAGAUAUUCCAAAGUCCAUGGCCUGGUGUGAAAACUCCAUAUGUGUUGGUUUCAAGCGAGACUAUUACCUCAUCCGGAUGGACGGCCGAGGCUCCAUCAAGGAGCUCUUCCCCACUGGGAAGCAGCUGGAGCCGCUGGUCACCCCACUGGCUGAUGGGAAGGUGGCUGUCGGGCAGGACGACCUCACUGUGGUGCUCAAUGAAGAGGGCGUCUGCACCCAGAAGUGCGCCCUCAACUGGACAGACAUCCCUAUAGCAAUGGAGCACCAGCCUCCGUACAUCAUCGCGGUGCUCCCUCGGUACGUGGAGAUCCGGACGUUUGAGCCCCGGCUGCUGGUGCAGAGCGUGGAGCUGCAGAGGCCUCGCUUCAUCACCUCCGCUGGGCAGAAUAUUGUGUACGUUGCCAGCAACCACUUUGUGUGGCGCCUGGUGCCGGUGUCCAUUGCCAUUCAGAUCCGGCAGCUUCUUCAGGACAAGCAGUUUGAGUUGGCUCUGCAGCUGGCGAUGAAGGAUGAUUCUGACGGGGAUAAGAAGCAGCAGAUCCAUCACAUCCAGAAUCUCUACGCCUUCAACCUGUUCUGCCAGAAGAGGUUCGACGACUCCAUGCAGGUGUUCGCCAAACUGGGGACAGGUGAGAACUAUCCCACCCAUGUGAUCGGGCUGUACCCAGAUCUGCUGCCCUCAGAUUACCGCAAACAGCUCCACUACCCGAACCCUCUGCCCUCUCUGUCCGGGGCCGAGCUGGAGAAGGCUCACCUGGCGCUCAUCGAUUACCUCACUCAGAAACGCAACCACCUUGUGAAGCAGCUGAACGACUCCGACCCCUCGCCGACCUCUCCGCUCAUGGAGGGCACGCCGACCAUCAAGAGCCGCAAGAAGCUCCUUCAGAUCAUCGACACCACGCUGCUCAAAUGUUACCUGCACACUAACGUGGCCCUGGUGUCCCCACUCCUCCGUCUGGAAAACAACCACUGCCACAUCGAGGAGAGCGAGUACAUCCUGAAGAAAGCCCACAAAUACUCCGAGCUCAUUAUCCUCUACGAGAAGAAAGGCCUGCACCAGAAAGCUCUUCAGGUUCUUCUGGAUCAAUCCACGAAGGCGAACUCUCCUCUGAAGGGCCACGAGCGCACCGUGCAGUACCUCCAGAGACUGGGAGUGGAGAAUAUGGGAAUAAUCUUCGAGUUUUCUCCCUGGGUGUUGAAGAUCUGUCCUGAGGACGGUCUCAAGAUCUUCACGGAGGACCUGACGGAGGUGGAGACGAUGCCCCGAGACAAGGUGCUGAACUUCCUGAAGGAGGGCUUCAAGGAGCUGGCCGUCCCGUACCUGGAGCACAUCGUCUACGUUUGGGAUGACAAGGGCCCCGAGUUUCACAACGUGCUGAUCCAGCUCUACCUGGAGAGGGUGCAGGGCCUCAUGAAGCAGUACCUCAACUCCCUGCCUGAAGGAGUUCCCCCUGUGUCUGCGGGGAAGGAGGAGGGGGAUCUGGGCGAGUUCAGGAAGAAGCUGCUGUCCUUCCUGGAUAUUUCCACCAGCUACCAGCCAUCCAGACUCAUCAGUGAUUUUCCCUUUGACGGGCUGCUGGAGGAGCGGGCGCUGCUGCUGGGUCGCAUGGGGAAACACGAGCAGGCGCUCUUCAUCUACGUGCACAUCCUGAAAGACACACACAUGGCUGAAGAAUACUGUCACAGCCACUACAGCAGUUCAGAGGAAGGGAACAAAGAUGUGUAUCUGUCGUUGCUGCGGAUGUACCUUUCCCCUCCUGAUGUUCACUGCCUGGGGCCGAUCAAGAUGGAGCUGUCGGAGCCUCAAGCCAACCUGCAGGCGGCGCUACAUGUCCUGGAGCUGCACCACAGCAAGCUCAACACCACCAAGGCCAUCAACCUGCUCCCGGCUAACACUCAGAUCAGAGAGAUCCGCGUGUUCCUGGAGAGCGUCCUGGAGGAGAAGGCUCAGAGGAAACGCUGCAACCAGGUCCUGAAGAGCCUGCUGCAGGCAGAGUUCCUCCGGGUGCAGGAGGAGAGGAUCUUCCACCAGCAGGCGAAGUGUGUCAUCACCGAGGAGAAGACCUGCCGAGUCUGCAAGAAGAAGAUUGGAAACAGUGCGUUUGCCAGGUACCCAAACGGCGUGGUGGUGCAUUACUUCUGCUGCAAAGACCGCACCGUGUGUCCCACCGAGCAGUAACACCAACACAACAACUGUUUACUAAUAAACAAGCUCCUGUCCUGCUGUGUGGAUGUUUUGGAGGAGGUUUCAGGAUGCAGCACCUCACAGGAGUGCAGACGUUUCUUUACCCUCAGAGCAAGACCUCCUCCUGGAUCACAGGCUCCCUGCAUGAAGGAACACGAGGAAUGUGCCGGACAAUCACAGGCUGACAUUUAAAAAGCAUGAAACGCCAGAAGAGACUCACUUCUCAUCGCUUUUGACGGACGCCGAGAGGAAGACGAGGCUCGUUCUCACCUUGAGAUGUUUUAUUUGAGUUUUAUCUCCUCCUCCUCCUCCUGUGACGCUGUGUGCGCCUCGCUCUGCAGGAGUUCACUUUAAAGGCCUUUCUGUGACUCUGAAGAUUGUACUCACAUGAUGUGUGUUAGCAUGUGUCGACACUGACAACGCAGCGUCCGUCUCGCGUUACUGUUUUUAAUUGAAAUUGCGACUUCUACAACUAACAUCUUUCACAGCGAUGUUCUAACAGUCAUCUUCAUCUCUGUCAAGUUUUUUUAAAGUUUUCCUGUGUCUGCUUUAUAAGGUGUGUAGCGGUCAUACUACUGGAACAACAAAAUAAUCAUUUAUCAGAGAAAAACUUAAAUAUUGUCUGAGAUUAAAUUAGUAAAUAAACAAGAUUUUAAAACAUAUUCUCUGAGACUUUAAAGACAUACAUGUGUGAGGAACAACUCUAAAUUACUCUUGAGUUUAAAAAAGUAAAUUCAAGAAAAUAUUUAGAAUACUCUCUGAGAUUAUAGUCAUAAAUGUGUCCGAAAAAACCUCUUAAAUCCUCAGUUUGUGGAUGAUUUCUGUCCUUCAACGUCUCUUUAAGGCCUUUUUUUUUAAAGUAUUCACAUGUGUCUUCUUCACGUACGUAUUACUGUUAUUGUAGCUAUAAGAAAUCAAACAUGAGGGUCAUAUUACGGUACAAAUAUCAAUAAUUAUAUCAAUAAUUCACCAGAAACUUGUUGUGAAUUCAAAAUGUCUUUAAAAUACUCUCUUAGAAUAUUAAGUCUUAGUUAUUGAAGAAAACCUCUGAAACACUCUGAGCUUUGAGAAGUACUUAGUGCAGUAAAACCCUUAUAAAAGACUUAAAAUGACCACUUUAAUAUCUAGAUUUCCAAAUAAUUAAUAACCUAAUAAUCCACCAUUUGUCUUACUCUGUAUUCAUUUGUGUGUUACCAAGACAUUGAAUGUUUAUGAAGUUAAACUCCUUUAAAGCGGGGCUAUGUAACUUUUGAACAAUCAAGUCAAUCGAGUAACUGAAAAAUCACUAUUUAAUCAACCGUCACAAAAUAAAACAGCAUCCAUUUUGAUAAUCAAUGAAUCCUCUGUCUUUUUAUUAUCAAAAAAGCCCAAAUUCCCGUCUUCCAGCUUCUUCAAAGUUUACAUUUUACCGCUUUUUAAAACUUUCACUGACAGUAAAUAAAAAAUAAUUUGGGUUAUUGACGGCAAAGUUGACGGGUUUCACAUCUCAAAUUUGACAUUAAAUUGAAUAUAUUCGGGUGACUUGAUCGCAUAAAAUCACGAGAUCACUUAGUCAAAAAUAGUUACAAUAAUGACGACUUGCAGCGUUGUUAAGAGUAGCACAAGUGUUUCAUCGAGGCUUAUAAUGAAUAAUAAUAUUGUGUCACAUCUUCUAAAAGUUACAUAGUCCCGCUGUAAGACAGUUCUCAAAGUUACGUACAGCACUUUAACGAGACGGGUGUUUUAUUUGUUGUCAAAUCACACGAGUGUAUGAAAAACUAACCUGAAAGGAAAGUGAAUCUGUGUUUUAAAGGCAAUACAAUUAUAAAAAGUGUCUCUUUACCGCCUGAACACGAGACGCAGGAGUCCCCCGCUCACGAGUAAUUCAGAUGAAAGUGUUUUCAGUUGGUUUUCAUGAAUUAAAUGUGUGUUUUAGCCGCUGAAUCACGCAAGUUUUCCCCACAAGUUGUAGCAUUACCUUCGUCUCCUACUGCUUGAAAACACCCUCCUCCUCCUCCUGUUCUCUUUAAAAGUUUGCACACUUCCUCGCUACGACUGUUCCUGAAAUAAUCUCAUUUGUAUUCAGAGGGAGUAUUUAUCCCGCUGUGUGUAUACUGUAUAAAGACAGAGUGUCUGUGUGUGUGGUUUUAACCAGAAUAAAGAAAGAUUUCCACUCA